UUACCUGGAUAAAAGACAGUUAGCUGCACGUAACAAUACCAGUGUUUGACCAUCGUUUAGCCCGGAGAGACGUAAUUAACUGAAGACAAAUGGCAAGUUUGAUAAAAACCGCAGUUCGCACGUACAGACAUCUUGUUUACGAUCUCGCUGAUCCAAGAACCAGUGAGUGGUUCCUCAUGGGAUCGCCAUUGUACCCUUUGGGCAUAUUGCUUUCGUAUGUGUACUUCGUGAAGGUCGCUGGCCCUCGGUACAUGAAGGACAGACCAGCCUACUCACUGAACAGAAUCGUCGCUUUGUACAACAUCAUACAAAUAUUGCUAAACGUUGCAAUAUUUAUAAAAGCUGUAAAAAUUGUGAUGAUGCAAAACAUCGUCUGCGAGGCCGUGGACUACUCGGACAGCCCACGGGCCCUGUAUGUACGUAUCCAGUCGUGGCGGACGGUGUGGUCAGAUGGUUUUGCCCCGAAUUACGACCGCGUGUUGGGAAUAUUUUGCAAUAAAAGUGCUGGAUCUUUUGGACACAGUCUUCUUCGUCCUGCGCAAGAAGGGGAAGCAAAUUACGUUUCUUCAUUUGUACCACCACAUGGGAAUGGCAUUAAGCAGUUGGAUCGGAACGAGGUACUUCCCAGGUGGCAAUGCUGUGAUUGUUGGCCUCUUGAACACCUUCGUCCACAUGUUCAUGUACUCUUAUUAUUUAUACUCAAACACGUGGCGACAGCACAACAUCUGGUGGAAGAAGUACAUAACUCAGCUGCAAAUGGCCCAGUUUGUGGUGAUCAGUCUCCAUACUCUGUCCGCCCUGCUUGUCACAGACUGCCAAUACCCGGCUAUCAUCUCAUCCAUCGUUUUCGUCCAGAACGUCUCCAUCUUUGUAAUGUUCUUUGAUUUCUACAGGAAAGCAUACGGGAAAGGAGGAGAUUAACUCUUAAAUCGCUGUCACUUUAAGAUCACUGUCUUCUCGGAUGUUGAGCCAUGAAGUCUCUUUGAGGUUUGAAGACACUUCAGAAAUAAUUGCUGCAUCCAUCAUCUGGGCGUUGUUGAAGAAGGCAGCAAGGACUUCCGAAACGUCAAAUUUCUAACGGACAUCUUACUGCACAAAGGUUUUCAAAGGACGUUCAUUUUAAAUAUUAAAGCCGGUGGUAACUAUAUGUACCACCUGCAUUAAUAAUCAAUAAUUACUUAAAUAGCGCUAAUCAGUCGAUCUUUCAGAAGUGCUUAAGGUUCACUCUCAUUUUUUCCUUUCUUUUCCAAAAAGACGAGCAGGUAUCGCCUGGGAACCCUCUAACUCUCUGGGCUCGACUCGUUUGCGCCCCUUCCUAACAGUUUCACUCAUCGGCUUCACAGUGUUAAUGCGUUCAAUCUACUACACUUGUUCUUAAUAGCCGUCAGCACUUCAAAGUAAUCAGUCUAGAACCUAAUUCUAAGCGAAUUAUGAUUUAUCCCAAACACACGUAGACAUUUUCGCAUUUUCACCACGAAGUGGGUUUCCUUAAAUCAACCAAUUAAAUGAUAUAAUGGUUAUAUAACCAUGACUCUUGUCACCUGAUCCUCGUUUCUCAAAACGAAGGUCGGCUGUAUAUGACGUGGGGUAGGAAUCUUGUCAUUUCAGCCCUUCUGAGUUAACACAGUAACUGCAGCAUAUUGAAAGCCCAUGCCACAUAUUUCCAUGACGAAUUCAUGUUCAAAUAAAUCUCGCGCCACCGUUUUUAAUCACCUCAGUUUGUAGCUGAGAACACUGUAACCAAAUUAUCGUAAUUAGUGAUCUACUUAUUACGGCCUUGAAAGCUGAAAUAACUUUUUAACUAUCUAACUUAAUUAGUAACAAAUUAUUGGAUGUAACUUGCUUGUUUAUAUUUUAUUUAAACACAACAACACUGUGAUAUUGAUUACAAAUAAACGUCAGAUAAUUACAGAA